UAUUUGAAGUACAUUUCCGAUUUUUCCAAUAUUAUACAAAAAGAAACGAUUCAAUUUAGUUGUCACAAUCACAACGUUUUAAGGGUAUAUAUAUCUUUAGCAAAGUUAGAAAUUUAUUAGGUUGAUAAUAUUUGCUAAAGUAUAAUCAACUAAAUUCCCUAGAACGCAGAAAUUAUGGGUAUUAUUUGUUUAAUAAGAAUUUUUUUAUUUAAGUACACUUUAUAUUAAUGUUACAGUCGCAGUUAUGUUUCUGAUAAGCAUUUUUGAUUAAAUGAAAAUUAAUGAGCUCUGGUAUUGAUUUAUUGGUACAAUCAUUGUUAGCAAAAAAAUCUUAAUCUAAUUAUUUGUCAAUGGCAUCAGUAUCACCUAAUAUCUGAAUAUGAUUUUAAUCGAUUUAAACAAAGGUCGACGUUAGCUAAGAAUCGACCUAUUUGGCACUUCAAAGUAAUCAAUUCACCAAAGCAAUAUAAAAGAACUAAUAUUGACAGCAUACGAAAGGUUUUUAGGGUUAAGAAAUAUGUGACAAGAAAAAUAAACGAGCUUUUGACAGACCAAAUUGAAUGCUUUAAGAAGGGCUGCUUUCAGCAAGAGCUGCUUUUCAAGGGGCCCAAUUCUUUGUCAAACGACCAAUAGCACUGGGCCCACGACUAUAUCACUACGAUUGUUGAACUCUAUAAGUAAUUGAAAAAUUAACUAGUUUUAAGGUGCAAUGACGACGAAUUUGUGCAGUGGUGAAACAACUUUGUGCAGCGAUGAACAGGAAAGUGUACAGUGAAAUGAAAUGUUUUAUUCAUUUUUUUUGAAAUCUUUUAAAGUCAACACCAGCAGUGAUUCUGCCAGUUUUCGAAGAAUGCCUAGUGCCAUCCGGGUCAUGAACUUUUCAAUACACAAACGGACCUCUAUCACAGAAUGUUUCUAUGUUGUUGCCGAGCUCAGGGACCGCGCACCAGUUUAAAAGUGGAGGAGCUGAAUUGGGUGUGCCCGAAAUUUUUUUGAGGCCACGCCCCCUAGAACCCUGGUAAAUGCCUCUUUUAGCAAAUACUUGCUUAUUUCUACUCAAUUUGUAUUAAUUUUUUCAUUCGGAAUCUUUGCUUCCCUUUUCACAAAAGUUAAAAUCUUUUGCCUGCCUAAAGGAUUAAUAUGUUAUGUUUUAGCCAAUAUAAUUUAUUCCUCAGUCAGUGUUUAAUGGAAUCGCUGAUAGUUGAUUUUUUUCUGCAAGUAAUCAAUUUCGUUAUAAUUCAUAAUAAAUUUUUGAUUGUUUUAUUAGAUUUGUAGACUGCUUGUUCUAGAUAAUGUUUCAUUGAAACAUAUGAUAAGUCGAACUAUUUCAUAAUGUUUUUUUGCAGUUUGCAUGAUCCAAAUUGGAGAAUUGCUAAGUAAAUUUCGAUGACGUCACAACUUCCCAACACCCUUUUAUUUCUUAGGAAGAAUUGCCUGCAUGCUAUACUCCACGACUAAAUUUCUGUACAUUUACUUCCUCUUUUUGAUCAUUAUUCAAAGCGUAAAGGUAUUCUGGGUACACUUGAGCACCCAUGCGAUAACUAUUUGUUUGUCUUAGCAUCUAUAUUUACCAAGAAGUUUCUUAAAUCAAGCAGAAACCUAUUGAUGAUAAAUUCAAAACGCAGUCUAGUUGCUGAUAGACAAAAAGAUGGAAGUAUAUUUUCUAAAUCCAAGGAAGCUUAUUAUUCAUGUGCUGGUUAUCUUGGUCCUCUCUCUUGAAAAUCCCGUCAAUGGUCAAAGCUGCUCUCCUCCUUGCAGCUCUCAAGGAGGGACUUGCAUUUCUGGAGCUUGCAAUUGCCGCGCAGGAUAUAUAGGAAAUGGAUUUACCUGCUAUGAUCUUAACGAGUGUUCGUCAUGGAUUCAUAACUGUGAUUCAAAUGCUGCAUGUACAAAUACUGCAGGCUCAUUCACCUGUGCUUGCAAUGUUGGUUAUACCGGAAAUGGGACAUCAUGUACAGCCCAAUGCAUCGCAGGAAUGCAUAACUGUGAUUCCAAUGCUGUAUGCAUAAAUAAUACAGGCUCGUUCAUUUGUGCUUGCAAUAGUGGUUUUACCGGAACUGGGACAUCAUGUACAGAUAUAGACGAAUGUGCACUAGGGACGCAUUACUGUAAUUCAAAUGCUGCAUGCACAAAUACUGCAGGCUCAUUCACCUGUGCUUGCAAUACUGGUUAUGCCGGACCUGGGACAUAUUGCUAUGAUAUAGACGAAUGUGCCAAUCGGAUGCAUAACUGUGAUUCAAAUGCUGCAUGUACAAAUACUGCAGGCUCAUUCACCUGUGCUUGCAAUGUUGGUUAUACCGGAAAUGGGACAUCAUGUACAGCCCAGUGCAUCGCAGGAAUGCAUAACUGUGAUUCCAAUGCUGUAUGCAUAAAUAAUACAGGCUCGUUCAUUUGUGCUUGCAAUAGUGGUUUUACCGGACCUGGGACAUCAUGUACAGAUAUAGACGAAUGUGCACUAGGGACGCAUAACUGUUAUUUAAAUGCUGCAUGCAGAAAUACUGCAGGCUCAUUCACCUGUGCUUGCAAUGUUGGUUAUACCGGAGCUCGGACAUAUUGCUAUGAUAUAGACGAAUGUGCCAGACGGAUGCAUAACUGUGAUUCAAAUGCUGCAUGUACAAAUACUGCAGGCUCAUUCACCUGUGCUUGCAAUGUUGGUUAUACCGGAAAUGGGACAUCAUGUACAGCCCAAUGCAUCGCAGGAAUGCAUAACUGUGAUUCCAAUGCUGUAUGCAUAAAUAAUACAGGCUCGUUCAUUUGUGCUUGCAAUAGUGGUUUUACCGGAACUGGGACAUCAUGUACAGAUAUAGACGAAUGUGCACUAGGGACGCAUAACUGUUAUUUAAAUGCUGCAUGCAGAAAUACUGCAGGCUCAUUCACCUGUGCUUGCAAUGUUGGUUAUACCGGAGCUCGGACAUAUUGCUAUGAUAUAGACGAAUGUGCCAAUCGGAUGCAUAACUGUGAUUCAAAUGCUGCAUGUACAAAUACUGCAGGCUCAUUCACCUGUGCUUGCAAUGUUGGUUAUACCGGAAAUGGGACAUCAUGUACAGCCCAAUGCAUCGCAGGAAUGCAUAACUGUGAUUCCAAUGCUGUAUGCAUAAAUAAUACAGGCUCGUUCAUUUGUGCUUGCAAUAGUGGUUUUACCGGAACUGGGACAUCAUGUACAGAUAUAGACGAAUGUGCACUAGGGACGCAUAACUGUUAUUUAAAUGCUGCAUGCAGAAAUACUGCAGGCUCAUUCACCUGUGCUUGCAAUGUUGGUUAUACCGGAGCUCGGACAUAUUGCUAUGAUAUAGACGAAUGUGCCAGUCGGAUGCAUAACUGUGAUUCAAAUGCUGCAUGUACAAAUACUGCAGGCUCAUUCACCUGUGCUUGCAAUGUUGGUUAUACCAGAAAUGGGACAUCAUGUACAGAUAUAAACGAAUGUACAUUAGGAACGCAUAACUGUGAUUCAAAUGCUGCAUGCACAAAUACUGCAGGCUCAUUCACCUGUGCUUGUAAUGUUGGUUAUACUGGAGCGGGUACAUCAUGUACAGAUCAAGACGAAUGUACAUUAGGAACGCAUAACUGUGAUUCAAAUUCUACAUGCACAAAUACUGCAGGCUCAUUCACGUGUUCUUGCAAUGUUGGUUAUACCGGAAAUGGGACAUCAUGUACAGCCCAAUGCAUCGCAGGAAUGCAUAACUGUGAUUCCAAUGCUGUAUGCAUAAAUAAUACAGGCUCGUUCAUUUGUGCUUGCAAUAGUGGUUUUACCGGAACUGGGACAUCAUGUACAGAUAUAGACGAAUGUACAUUAGGGACGCAUAACUGUGAUUCAAAUGCUGCAUGCACAAAUACUAAAGGCUCAUUCACCUGUGCUUGUAAUAUUGGUUAUACCGGACCUGGGACAUCAUGUACAGAUAUAGACGAAUGUACAUUAGGAACGCAUAACUGUGAUUCAAAUGCUGCAUGCACAAAUACUGCAGGCUCAUUCUUCUGCUCUUGCAAUGUUGGUUAUACCGGACAUGGGACAUCAUGCAUAGAUAUAAACGAGUGUACAUUAGGGACGCAUAACUGUGAUUCAAAUGCUGCAUGCACAAAUAAUACAGACUCGUUCAUUUGUGCUUGCAAUAGUGGUUAUACCGGACCUGGGACAUCAUGUACAGAUAUAGACGAAUGUACAUUAGGGACGCAUAACUGUGAUUCAAAUGCUGCAUGCACAAAUACUGCAGGCUCAUUCUUCUGCUCUUGCAAUGUUGGUUAUACCGGACCUGGGACAUCAUGCAUAGAUAUAGACGAAUGUACAUUAGGAACGCAUAACUGUGAUUCAAAUGCUGCAUGCACAAAUACUAAAGGCUCAUUCACCUGUGCUUGCAAUAUUGGUUAUACCGGACCUGGGACAUCAUGUACAGAUAUAGACGAAUGUACAUUAGGAACGCAUAACUGUGAUUCAAAUGCUGCAUGCACAAAUACUGCAGGUUCAUUCACCUGUGCUUGCAAUACUGGUUAUACCGGACCUGGGACAACAUGUACAGAUAUAGACGAAUGUACAUUAGGAACGCAUAACUGUGAUUCAAAUGCUGCAUGCACAAAUACUGCAGGCUCAUUCUUCUGCUCUUGCAAUGUUGGUUAUACCGGACCUGGGACAUCAUGCAUAGAUAUAAACGAGUGUACAUUAGGGACGCAUAACUGUGAUUCAAAUGCUGCAUGCACAAAUAAUACAGACUCGUUCAUUUGUGCUUGCAAUAGUGGUUAUACCGGACCUGGGACAUCAUGUACAGAUAUAGACGAAUGUACAUUAGGGACGCAUAACUGUGAUUCAAAUGCUGCAUGCACAAAUACUGCAGGCUCAUUCUUCUGCUCUUGCAAUGUUGGUUAUACCGGACCUGGGACAUCAUGCAUAGAUAUAAACGAGUGUACAUUAGGAACGCAUAAUUGUGAUUCAAAUGCUGCAUGCACAAAUAUCACAGGCUCGUUCAUUUGUGCUUGCAAUAGUGGUUAUACUGGACCUGGGACAUCAUGUACAGAUAUAGACGAAUGUGCAUUAGGAACGCAUAACUGUGAUUCAAAUGCUGCAUGCACAAAUACUAAAGGCUCAUUCACCUGUGCUUGCAAUGUUGGUUAUACCGGACCUGGGACAACAUGUACAGAUAUAGACGAAUGUACAUUAGGGACGCAUAACUGUGAUUCAAAUGCUGCAUGCACAAAUACUGCAGGCUCAUUCUUCUGCUCUUGCAAUGUUGGUUAUACCGGACCUGGGACAUCAUGCAUAGAUAUAAACGAGUGUACAUUAGGGACGCAUAACUGUGAUUCAAAUGCUGCAUGCACAAAUAUUGCAGGCUCGUUCACCUGUGCUUGCAAUAGUGGUUAUACCGGAGUUGGUACAUCAUGUACAGCAAUCUUGAAGUCUCGGUUCUUUUCCUACGCCAAGUCACCUCUUUUUACAAAUACUGAUGAUGGAUACAGAUCACUCUAUAUUCCAUAUGGUAUACCGAUGGGCAGAAGCAUUUACAAGAGAAUCCACGUCUGUGCCAAUGGAAAAAUUUGCUUUGGAGGGCUUCCAAGAUGUUAUCCAUCUAGUAAUAGAUUCCGAUGGGAAAAGAAUUUCCUGGCUCCUUUUUGGGCCGAUGUGGAUUUCAGAGGCAUGCAAGGAUACAUUGCCUACUCAUAUCAUUCUAAGCAGAUGACAGAUCAAACGUCUGUGCAGCUUUUCAAUGAAACCAAGAAUUAUAUUUUGAAGUAUGGAGGAGUUGGAAGCUUCAGUCCCUCAUUGAUUCUUGUAGCAACGUGGAUUAAAGGCACACCAUAUCUUUUUAGGAAUUACCUCGGAACGAACCAGUUUGUAAGCUUUCAAGUGAACUUGGCAACCGAUGGAGAAUCGACUUAUGUAAGCUACAUCUACGAAGACCAGGGGAUGCUGUGGCAGCAGGGUUGGUUGCCUGCACGAGUUGGAUACAACUUUGGACACAUAUUUUCUGAAACCAGGCUCAAUCAGCUGAAUUCGCCCAAGGCUUACCGAUAUGAUGCGGUUGUAGGGAACACUGGAAGUAAAGGGCUCUGGCUGUGGAAGCUUAGUGACAAGGUGCAAAACGAAGACGCAAAGUGUUAUGCCUGGCACGCAGCUCAGCCUUCAAUCCAACAAAUAAAUGAUGUGAGGAGUGCGCCCGAGAAUGACUGUCCUUGCACUCUGUCACAGAUCUUGUUAGACAUCCGGUAUAGAUAUGAAGGAUACACACCAGGAAUAACUUGCUUCAAAACAAGAGCGACGAGAUUCUUUUUCUUUACAUCCACCUCCUUUCACACACAAUGUUGUUACCGAUGGCGAUUUGGAACCCUGAUCAAUCACUACGACCCAGACAUUUGGCCUACAAGCACAGUAUUUUUGACGCAAAAGUUUAGCUGGGAAAAUAUACUUUGGAGCUGGUAUUUGAGACAAAGAUCUAGAACUACAUCAGAAGCAGAUGACGGCGCUGCUUUCAGUUCGUGCUGUAGACAUUCUCCAUUGUGUUGGCUAUUUGAAUCAAAAAGACCAAUCCCUAAUUGUUCAAGAUACAGGCCUCCAUCGAGAAGUUGGAGUGGUGGAGACCCCCACAUAAGAACACUAGAUGGACACACGUAUACAUUUAACGGAAUUGGUGAUUACAAUUUUUUCAGUUUGGACAACAGCACUGAAUUCACAGUACACAGUCGUAUGAGUAGAGCUUUUGUUAAUGGAAGUUCCUCUGUUGAGGUACCAAAUGCUACCGUGCUUUCCGGCUUUGCAAUGAAAACAGACCAAGGCCCUUUGGUUGAAAUCUAUCUAAAUGUAACAACAUCUAGAACACGAGUAUUUGUGGAGGGGAAAGAGUAUAACACAUCGUUCUUCCACACUCUCAAAACAAUCAACCAGACAGAACUACAUCUUUUCACGGUUGGAAAUGUAACCAAAUUUAGCGUGGAUUUCGAAUCUGGAGUGGGAGCGACCAUAGACAUAUUCAAGAGACUUCUAACAAUCCAAAUUGUUACAUCAUCAACCUUUGUUAACAAGACACGCGGCCUCCUUGGGGUAAAUAACAACAAUGUCAAUGACGACUUCACCCGACCUGAUGGCACAACGAUACCGAUCAACUCAACACAAAGUGAAAUCUAUUAUGAGUUUGGUAGUAAAUGGAAUGUCACUUCAAAUGGCUCUCUGUUCAUUCUGGAAGAUCCUGACUUUGAUUCCAGUUUUAUUCCUGGAUUCUACGACUCAAUCGAUGAAUUGUUUGGAAACAACACAGUGGUGAAGCAGAAUGCUAUUGACAUAUGUGGUGGAAAUUCAUCAUUCACUUGCUUGUUUGACGUUGCUUUAACCGGAGAUAGGACUUCAUCUACUGAAAGUCAGUCUUCUCUAGAAGCGUUUGAGACUGAAAAGAAAACUCUUGAAACCUAUCCACCGACAAUUACUGGCCCAAAAACAUUAGUUGUCUACUAUGGAUCAAAUCACACAUUCAAGGUUGAAGUUGCUACCAAUGCAACUGGUAAUUUGACAUAUUUGCAUGAAGCAAACGGUACAACAAUCUCAAUGGACAAGAACACGGGUGUCUUCAAUUGGCAUGUUAACACAACUGAAUUCAAAUUAAAUCUUUUUGUCACUGACAGCAACAACAACACUGCAACUGUAUCACCCAGUGUGGUUUUGUGCUACUGCCAGAAUGGAGGAAGUUGCAACACUUCCCAAAAUAAUUUGGAUUUUCAAUCAACAAACAACUUUGUCACUUAUGCAGCAUGUGCAUGUCCGCACAACUAUGAAGGAGCAUUUUGUCAAACAUUGGUCAGCUUCUGUGACGUCAAUCCGUGUUUUGAGGACGUCAAUUGCACAAAUAAUUACACGGCAUCAGCUGCAGAUUGCGGGCCUUGUCCUACUGGCUACAUCGGGGACGGCCGAAAGUGCUAUGAUUUCGACGAAUGCAUAAUCAAUGCAAGUGAAUGCCAGCAGUUAUGCAUCAACACCCUUGGAUCGUACAAUUGCUCAUGCCGAUCCGGCUACCAGCCGACAAAUGCAACGCAUUGCAUCGACACGGAUGAGUGCACUGAUGGCACACACAACUGUGACAGGAAUGCCAACUGCACAAAUACUGGAGGUGGAUAUAACUGUUCUUGCACCAAAGGAUUUACUGGAAAUGGAACGACCUGCCUUGAUUUGGAUGAAUGUACCGCUGGUGCACACAAUUGCCAUGCUUAUGCACAAUGUAGGAAUACAGUCGGUGCUUUUGAAUGUUCAUGUACCAAUGGUUUCUCUGGAAAUGGGGUUAACUGUUCAGAUAUCAACGAGUGUCUUCAAAGAGCGCCUUGCAAUGUCAAUGCAACAUGUAACAACACUGUUGGGUCAUACAGAUGCAGUUGCAAUGAGGGCUUUGUUGGCGAUGGAAUAAGUAACUGCGCGAACGCGCAAAUAUGCAACAGUCUUGGCUGUCAUGCAAAUGCAACUUGCUUGAGCAAAAACUGGGUCCACUUUUGCCAGUGCAAUAAAGGUUAUACUGGAAAUGGAACAAUUUGCACAGAUGUAAACGAAUGUCUCAGUGGAGCACACAAUUGUCACACUGAUGCUACAUGCACAAACAAUAUCGGAUCCUACAUUUGUAAUUGCAAUAAAGGAUUUUCUGGCAACGGCACCGUCUGCUCUGAUAUCAACGAAUGCAGCACAAGCCAAUGUAACGCAAACUCAACUUGCAUCAACACCAAAGGCUCGUUUGCUUGUGUUUGCAGAUCAGGAUACACGGGCAAUGGUACUCACUGUGUUGAUUUGGAUGAAUGUUCCACUAAUCCUUGUCACGUGAAAGCAACCUGUGACAACAAAAUUGGCUCAUAUUCCUGUCGGUGUAUUCAAGGUUACACAGGAAAUGGAACAUAUUGCAUGGAAAUAAACGAGUGUCUCUCCAAUCCUUGCCACAUAAAUGCAACUUGUGCACAUGGUAUCAUGUCCUAUAACUGCACUUGCAAAACAGGGUUUACUGGCAAUGGAACCGUCUGUCUUGAUGUAAAUGAAUGCCUAACUAGUCCAUGUCAUAAAAACGCAACUUGCCACAACAAUAUUGGCUCAUUCAUAUGUGGCUGUAACCCUGGAUUUAGUGGCAAUGGUAUUGAAUGCGGAGUGCCAACUGCUACCCCUACCACAAUUAUGGUUUCAAACCCAACUCAAUCACCCAAAGGGAAACCACAGAUUGAAGGCUAUUUCCAUCUGCUGCGACCUGUUAUUAACGGAAAGUUAAUAAACACAAGUGAUGUAUGGGUGAGACAGAACAUAAUGAACACAGGCUCGUUACUUUACAAAGAAACUUCAAGAGUGAUUCAACAAAAUCUUAAUGCAAAACUAAAAGGCCACAGAUCAGACGUUAUGUUGGUGAUUGUUGAUUCAAUGGGACUUGGCAGUUUAACGGUCAAUUUUACGCUGUUCUUUACAAAGACACCAAGCGAAAGCGAAAGCCAAAUUGCAACCUCAAUCAAAUCUGCUCUGAAUGGUACAGUUGCAGGAUCAACUAUCAGUGGGCUUUUAGUCAAAGACAAAGAUGAAUGCAGGCAAAGCAAUAUUUGCCAUAAAGAUGCCAAAUGCAUCAAUGUGUUGUAUACCUAUACAUGCAAAUGUAGUGAAGGGUAUGCAGGGGAUGGCAAAACUUGCGAAAAAGAAAGUAGCCACAGUGUAUUGGCCAUAGCCCUAACUACCUCAAUUGUUGGCGUUAUUCUAAUCAUCUUCAUAGUAGUUGUUAUCAUGAAGAAGCACGCUAAAAGAAAAGUUGAAAUAAAGCCAACUGAUGACUCAAAUGACUUCAUGUUGCAUGAAGUUGGUAGUGGAGCAGGUUCUCAUAGUAAAAUCAAAACAUAAUACAAAAGAGCCUUAUACCGAUUCAAGCACAGAAGUUUUAAAAUCUUUCCACGCCAACCUGUGGUAGAGGUUCGAUACACGAAAAUGAGACUGCAACAAA